AUGUCGUCCCAGACUCUGCCUCCCCCCCUGGCGUCGGCCGUCAACGCCGUCACCAGCCUCCCCGUCUGGGUCAGCGUCCCCGCGGGCGUCUGGCUCAUCUACCGCCUGGCGCUUUGGCUCGUCACCCCCAAGCCGCUUCCCGGUAUCCCCCACUACCCCGUUAGACCGUUUGGAGACCUUGGACGCGUACUCGCGCACGUCCGCGAAACCGGGUUCCGGUCGACUUGGUUCGGCAUCGUCGCCAGGGACCUGGGCCCUAUCGGGCAGGUUCAGAUGGGACCUUCGACGAAGAUUAUCGUCCUGAGCGACAUUCAGGAGACGGAGGACAUUCUCCUCCGGCGAACCAAGGAGUUUGACCGAUCCGACGACAUGAUCUCUCGUUUCGACCAGUUCAUCCCGCAUGGACAAAUCGCGUUGAAGACGGACACCGAGUUCAAGAACCACCGCCGGUUCUUGACCCCUGCCAUGACCCAGAAAUACCUCUCGGCCAUGACCCCUGGCAUGUCGUGGAACGCGCGCGAGCUGUAUCGUUUCUGGGACAAGAAGCGCAACUACUUGAGGGGCGAAGCCUUUGACCCGACCGUCGACUUCGAGAUUUCGAUCACCGACACGCUCUCUGAGCUCACUUUCGGACAAUCCUUCGGACUCGUCUCUCAGCAGAGGAAAUGGGCAGAGCAGAAGGUGUCAGAACUGAAGGCGCAAGGGAUCGAGCCCACCCCGGAGAACAUCGUCGGCCCCACCAGUGACAUCCACGAGGCGAACAACCUUCUCUUGAAGUACGCCGGCAAGACCAUCAACUCCCUCUUCCCCCGCUACUACCACUUCUUCGUCCGCCGCCGCGCGGACUACCGAAAGGCGAAGACUACCGUCUGGAAGUUCCUCGCCGAGAAGAUCACGGAGGCGCGGAUCAAGGCCGAAACGAGCGAUGUCGAAAACGCCAACUGCGUCGUGGACCUCAUCGCCGGUCUCGAACGCCAGGAAUCCAAUGCGAACAUCAAAAUGCCCCUCGCGGAGUUCCAGGACGAGCUCUGGACGUACAUGAUCGGCGGCACCGAGACCACCGCGGUCGCCCUCCGCUGGGUCGUGAAACUGCUCGCCGCUCACCCGGAGAAGCAGCGGAAGCUGCACGACGAGCUCGUCAACGCCGGCAUCCCCUCCGCCCUCGACGAGGACGCCCCGCUCACGACCUUCGCCGACGUCAACUCGGACAAGACCCCCUACCUCGACGCCGUCGCCAACGAGAUCCUCCGCUUCUCCCGCCUCGCCAACCUCACCACCCGCGAGACCCUGACCGACACCGUUAUCCUCGGCCAUCACAUCCCCAAGGGCACCACCAUCCUCUUCACCAUCACCGGCACCUCCUUCUCCGAGACGUCCAAGGAUCGCGCGGCGCAGGACGCGCUCGCGAACGUCCGCUCCAAGUCGUCCGUCCGCCGCUUCGGCUACUGGGGCGACGACGCGGAGCAGUUCGUGCCCGAGCGCUGGAUCGACGCCGACGGCAAAUUCGACGCCAAAGCCGGCCCCAACCUCGCGUUCUCCACCGGCCCGCGCGGCUGCUACGGCCAGAAACUCGCGAUGUUGGACCUCAAGCUGUACCUCGCCAUUCUGAGCGCGACCUUCUUCUUGGACAAGGUCCCGGGGCACCUCGACAAGUGGGACAUCACGGAGGGCCUGACGCUGUCCCCGAAGUACAGUCACGUCGUUGUCAAGCGUUGGGACGAGGUCUAA